UCUUCUGCAGUGCGCGCACGGCCUGUGAAUGCAGAGGCUGGCAGAGAGCGUAGUGAUUUCAGUGAGGUCAUGUUUUGUAGCCGGACAACAGAAUAGCGAUCAUUUAUUAUCUAAAUCAUUUCACUUAAUUUGUUUUACAGAAGGUGGACUAUUGUGGCGAAUCGAGAAGUAAUCAUUCUGUAUUUUGACUGAGUACAGCAAGCCCAGUUUGGAUGCCCAGAAAGUAGCUUCUUCAGGUUUAAUCAUGAAUAAAAACAAGCGGGGAGGAGAGAAGGAGUUCUACAGUUUAGAUGUCGGAGAUUCCACCUUCACAGUUCUGAAACGCUACCAGAAUCUAAGGCCCAUCGGCUCAGGAGCACAGGGAAUUGUCUGUUCAGCGUAUGACCACAACCUUGAGAGAAAUGUGGCGAUAAAGAAGUUGAGUCGACCAUUCCAGAACCAAACACAUGCCAAGAGAGCAUACAGAGAGCUGGUGUUAAUGAAAUGUGUCAAUCACAAAAAUAUCAUUGGUCUAUUAAACGUGUUCAGUCCACAAAAGUCAUUAGAAGAAUUUGCAGAUGUAUACAUUGUGAUGGAGCUGAUGGAUGCCAACCUGUGCCAGGUGAUUCAGAUGGAGCUGGACCAUGAGAGGUUGUCUUAUCUGCUCUACCAGAUGCUGUGCGGCAUCAAACACCUCCAUGCUGCUGGCAUCAUACACAGGGAUCUGAAGCCCAGCAACAUUGUGGUGAAGUCGGACUGCACGUUGAAGAUCUUGGACUUUGGCCUGGCUAGGACCGCGGCUACAGGUCUGCUGAUGACCCCGUACGUGGUGACCAGAUACUACAGAGCGCCGGAGGUCAUACUAGGGAUGGGUUACCAGGCCAACGUGGACGUGUGGUCAGUCGGCUGCAUUGUGGCUGAGAUGGUCAGAGGUAGUGUGUUGUUCCCAGGCACUGACCACAUUGACCAGUGGAACAAGGUGAUUGAGCAGCUCGGCACUCCGCCCCAGGACUUCCUGAUGAAGCUCAACCAAUCGGUGCGGACCUACGUAGAGAACAGGCCGCGCUAUGCAGGAUACAGCUUCGACAAACUCUUCCCCGAUGUCCUUUUCCCGGCAGACUCAGAACACAAUAAAUUGAAAGCGAGCCAGGCCCGAGACCUGUUGUCUAAGAUGUUGGUGAUAGACUCGUCUAAGAGGAUCUCAGUGGAUGAGGCCCUGAAACACCCCUAUAUCAACGUGUGGUACGACCCAUCAGAAGUGGAGGCGCCCCCUCCGAAGAUUACAGACAAACAGCUGGACGAGCGGGAGCAUACGGUAGAGGAGUGGAAAGACUUGAUCUGGAAGGAAGUGUAUGAGUGGGACGAGUGGACCAAGCAGAACGGGGUUAUCAGAGGACAACCUCCUCCGUUAGGUGCAGCAGUGACAGACAGCUCCCCUCAGCCCGCCUCGUCCUCCUCGUCGGCCAAUGACGUAUCCUCCAUGUCGACUGAGCCCAGUGACCCCACCAUGACCUCUGACACAGACAGCAGCCUGGACAGCCACACCUCUCUGGGAGCACUGGCCUGCUGCAGAUAGCGCACAUAUACACACGCACACACAAAGCCCUACAAAUCCUUUCAUGGUACAUAGUUUAAAGCACUUAGCGAAGGCUCUUUCUUUUUUUUAUGUGUUUUGUUUUUUAUGUACAGCUUCUUUUAAUUUCCCCUACAUCCUGUAUUGCAGAAUAUUGUGUACAUGCUGUAAAUUACUCUAUUUAUUUAUUUCCGUCUGUCGGCUUCCGUCCCUCUGGGUUGGGUUGAUGCUCUAAUUCAUAGAGGUUUGGAUCUGACACUUUUCCCCCUUUUCCCAAUUCACAAUUUAUUUUAUAGUAUUUAAUGUCUAUAUUAAUUUAUAUAAACCCUGUGAACCGUUGAACAUAUCUUGGCCCUGUUAUCAAAGCUGAUGUUUUCUGUUGUCAUGGUUACAACAUUAAUUUCUGCACUCUUUUGAAACUUUUGUUAUGAUUUAUUAUUUCUCUGUAAUUGUAGUUCAUCUGGAGAGAUUAUCAAAUGUUCAUGAACAAAUGGAUUAUGGGAUAUCUUAAACACCAUGGACACUUUCCCCUUUUCUAUUGGUUUUCAACCACUUACACUUUCCUUCCUGUCCCUCGUACUUGGCCCCUAACCUUUUUAAUAUUUGCAGAUAUGGUAGUACUGGUAUAAGCGCCUGUAAAGUUCUGAAAACAUGAAAGGGCCGGCGCCACUGGAUAUGGCUUACGGGUUUAUUUUUCAUUGGUGGGGACUAGCUGUGGUUCCCCAGGUCACAUGACCGGGAAAACCACCUAGCCCUAAUGAGUUGAUUUGAUUUAAGUGCUCUUACAGUCAUCAUGUUUUCAACCCUUCCUUGUUUGUCUUCCUGCUGUACUGCUAGUGUUUAGUUAGUUAACGUUAGCUUCUCUCUUCAGGCCAUCUGCCAGGGAACUUUGGUUUUUAUCAACUACCUCACCUACAGUACAUCCGUUUCUAAAACAGUCCCACAACAUAUAGAAAAAAAAUAACUAAAAACAAACAACAGAUGUGAAUAAAGUUUCUGUUUUAUUAAUUUAUUUAUUUAUUUGGAAGUGUACCCCUGUCAAUGUUAGGAGACUGCUAGUAUUGUACGUACUGUAUAUUUCAUUCAAAAGUACUAUGUAUAUAUUUUUCUUUUGGUUUUCUUUUCAAUUGAUGUGAAAUAUGAUUGGUAGACAGUAGAGUAGGUAGUGAGUGGUUGAUUCAUAUAUUAGAUGGAUGUUCUCCAGGGUUUUCAAAAGGUUUGCUGCCAGCCAUGUUUUCCUUUUUUUCUAGAUGAAAACCUAUAAUGCCCUCCAUACGUCUGGACAUGGGCCACAUCCCUGACUGCGGUCAGGACUAUCACGCACCAAAAACAUGGCUGCGUUCAGGGGGGGGCUCAGUGUUGUGGAACAUUUAGAUAGAAAUAUAUGAAAUAAUUUCCAUUCUUAUUAAUGGAAUCCGUCUAGUAUAUGUUUAGCCCAAGGUGUAUUAAUUCCACCAAGCAAAAUGUUUUAUCUGCAAAACAGUUUGUCAAACAGAGUCUGUUGGACAAAUUGACAAAACAGGAAGUGACCUACAAUCAUUUUUCCAGUAGAAACCCAACUAGAAACAUUUGUUUGGCAGAAUAAUUACGCCCCAGUUGUAUACAUUUUUGCCUUUUGAUCUGGACAAGGCCUCACUACAGACCUAAUGAACACACUGGAAACAGUUAGACAAUGUCAACCUGCAACUCCUGCAAAUAAAGGGUUGAAUUUGA